AAAUAGAGAAGUGAACGAGUAGAGAAAUAUUUUUAUUUUUUCCCCUUUAGAUCUAUUUCACGGACUCACGGUACUCCUUCCUCUCUCUCUCUCCUCCCAGGACACAGUACUCCUUCCUCCCAUUGAAGCGUACUCGAAAUUCUCCAUUGAAGGGGCUUCUGAGCUUUCUCUCCUCCAUUGAAGCAGUCUCUAAGGAGGGUGGUUUCGGUGGUGGUGCAGGGGGAGGGGGUGGCUGUCGGGGCUGGGCUGCGGUCUGGGGAGUGGCUGUCGGGCUGGGUGGGGAAUUGUUUAAUUAAUUUGCAUGUUCAGUGAGGAAAAUUGAAGCCGUUUUUAGUUUAAUUUAAAGGAAAGUCUGUGUCUCACGUAUUGAGUGGAUUUGGAGAUAUAAUUUCCUCCAUCAACUCAUCAUCGGAUCAUAUUAUAGGUUAACUUUCUCUCUCAUAUCGCUGCCGUGCUCCACCACCUCCAUCGAAACACAACCACCACAUAAUAAGUCCAUCAAAGCUUGAAGAUGGCUAAGAGUUCUUCAAAUUCCAAAGUUGUAACUCCGAUUACAUGUCCUCACUGUGCUGGUCCUCUCUCUAAACAAAUGGAAACUAGUCGUUGGACAGUUGCGCCACUUGUUAGAGACAGCUUUUCUAUGAUUGGUUCUGCCGUUGGUGGUACUACAAGUGCAUUUUAUGCAUUCAAUUUUGUUAUGCCGACUGUUCGUAAGUGGGUCAAAGGGCCGAUGUGGUUUCAUUUCCUUAUCGGAGCACCACCAGUGAUAGUUUUUUCUUCGGCCUGUGCUGGGCUGGCAGGUGGUGCAGUUCCAGCCUUGGCUCAGCUUGCGUCUUCAUCAUAUCAUGCUGCGAUGUUAUCUUCAAUACAUUCUUCUCAGGAUGACAAGACUAACAAAUCUAGGGGUUCCUCAACUUUGUAAUAUACAGCUGAUUGUGGGAGAGGGAUGAAAUUACUGCCUGUGCCAGUCACCUGUUCAGUGAAUUCUGGAUGUUGCAUCUUGCUUCGGGCUUAUUUCUGAGGUGAUGCUCAUUUUAUAUUGAGUGUAUCCUCUCUUUGUGUUUUGGGCUUCUUUCAGUGUCCUCUAUCGGUUUCCUUGCAGUAAUCUUGAGCCACCUUUGUUACAUCAUGUAUAUCCAUACUGGGGAUUUCUGUUUUUGUAAUUUGCUUGUCAAAACCUACCAGGGGAAUCCUGAUAGCUAUAUAAAAGGAUCCCAAACCUAAUAUCUGUGAGGGUUCGAUACCGCAGAGGGUAUUAAAAAAUGCCCUUUUUUUGACCUCUUUUGUUUUAGGGGUGAUACCAAAUAAAAUCUUGUAUAUACAUGUUUUAGAUUUUAAUUUUCAUAGGUAUUUUACAUUUUUACUCAGUGAAUUUAGCAAUUAGCUCAA